UUUACCGUUGCAAGGCGCGUUGUGCGGCCGGACGUACGACCGUCACCCGCGCGCCGCCGGCAUUCUGAAGCACCGGCCUCCGCAACCUGCACCCACUGCCCUCACCACCCUGGACUUGCCACCGGGACUUUAUUACUGUAAUCGUUGUGUACAUAAGGGGUGUUAAUGGACUGAUUGAUCGAGCCUUGUUUUCUAACUUAGAGACGAAGUGCUACAACUCGUGAAUAUUUCACUGAAGUGCAAUUCCCAUUUCUGUUUCUUUAUUGGAUCGUCUCUAUAUCUACGUGUACCUAAAUAGCUGCCACAUGCGCAUAUUGAGAUUCUACAACAUUUCAAGAUAUGAUGGACACAAUAACUCGACAUAAAGCGUAUCGUUGUAGACGCCAAACGAGCUGAGUUAUUAACGAGCAGUCACAAGGUUGGGGUGAAUAAUGGGAAAGAGGAACGUUCGGAUCAAGAUUGCACACUCCGUUGGUCCGCCUAUUGUUGUUCACAUACUAGACACAUCUGAGUAGCAUCCCAGCCUACGCUUUAAGACAUUACCAGUUACCGCCGCACUAGCGACUGCCAAUAAAGUACAAGUCAUAUCGGGUUAUAAUACACGUAUUUUACUUAGAUGUAUUUAUUUUAGUACAAAGAACUGAACGUUGAUAUCGCACGAGAUUAUUUAAUGUGGUUAAGUUAUAAUAUUAACCGAGUUACUGUUCUCGGUCGUUUCGCCUAAACGGUAGUCAUGACGGCCACUGCUCCUGAAUUAUCAAAAUCAGACUUUUUUGAUUUUGUCACUUCUAACGAAGUAACUGACGCUCAAUAUAAACAACAGAUGCGAUCAGUUAAUGUCUUCAUGGAAUCGCCAGACUCACGCUCGAAUCCCUUACUAUCAGAGGAGCCAAAGGAACAAAACAACAACAGCUUACUGAGUGUAACCUGUAACCAAUCCUCUAGUAGCAACAGCAUGACCGCUGCAACUACGUCGAACCCCCUUCAAAGUUUUGAUUCUAUUUGGAACGUGGAUAGAGAUCGUGAUCGCUUAGAAACAGCCAUGUUGGAAGAUUUAAAUAAAUAUUAUUGGAAUCAAGACGCCGAUAUAAGUGCAACACAUACAUGUGCAGAUACUGCUAUUUCAAAUAAACUCAUAAGUAACAACACAGACGGUCAAAUUUAUACACUGACUGUCCUAAAUCAAGAUACUUGGGUAAAGGAUGAAGAUGUAUCCAUGUCCAGUCCAGCGGACAUAGAAACAAACCCUUCACUAGAUCUCGAGUCAAUAUUAAAUAUGAACGGUUUUCCACAUGACUUUAAUCAAGACACUCUGAAUCCCAAUAUAUUGCCAAAAGUAGAAAACUUUAACUAUGAAGAAAAUGAAUCUGAAAAUAGAAGUACGGAGUUGAGCACAAAUAGCUUAGUAAAAGUAGAAGCAUAUAAUUAUACCGAAACUGAAUUUCAAAGCAAUGACAAGAAGGAUGAUUCAACGCGUAGUCCUAUUAUUGGUACUUCAUCAUUAUUGGAUGCACAAGUUGAAUUUAAUAAUAACAAUAAUGAUUGGAAAUUGACGGAUCAGAAUACAGAAUCAAACGACUCUCUACUAAGAAGCGCAUUACAAGGAAAAGCCUUCAUAAGAUACAGUACGUUACAAAAGAAUGCUAUUACAAAAAUUGACGCGGAAACGGAACUAAAAAGAGUUAUUAUAAAUAACAAUAACAAAGCUGAUGUUCCUUCAAUGUAUCAAGAUACGAAAGAACCCGAUGCAGAGCUUCUCAUGUCAAUAGCACCGCAAAAUGGCAAUGUAAAUAUUUCAAUACUCUUAGAAGACCCGACAGCUACAGUAGUGGCAAAUGGUGACAAUUCAACACCUUCACAAAGCGUGGACGAUAUAUUGUUCUCUCAGCUUGAUGCUACAUACUCGGACGAUUAUGAAAAGUUAAAAAGAAUAGCGUCGGAAUUAGGUGAAUCGGUGCAACCGUUUUGUACUGUAGAGCCAAUAGAUCCUACGCGAAACGUCUACAAUAUUCAUCAUGUCAGUGGUGAAUUGGUGACGAUGAUACCAGCCGGUGAAGUCCAACUCUCCCAACACUUACAGAUGAUGACGGCGUCACCUACCGUUACCAGUACGAAAUCAAUGGGGAAAAAACACAAACGGUUUCCGAGCAAAAAUACAUCCCCCACAUCGCAAACCCAAUCUGGGACAGCGGUUCAAGCAGCAACGUCGACAUCUAACGGCGUGAGAAAAGAAAGAUCAUUGCAUUAUUGCUCCAUAUGUUCAAAAGGAUUUAAAGAUAAAUACUCAGUAAAUGUGCACGUUCGAACGCACACCGGCGAGAAGCCGUUCACGUGUUCUCUGUGCGGUAAAAGUUUUCGACAAAAAGCGCAUCUGGCGAAACAUUAUCAGACUCAUAUUGCACAGAAAAGUGCCGCUGCCAACGGUGCUUCAAAAACGACAAAACAAAGAUAACUGCCCAUUCCACAUUUUCAUUUUGCCUGAUAGUCAAUUAUUGUAUAUUGUCACAGUGAUAAUAAAUGUAUUAAAAUAAACGAAUCGCUGAAGGCUGAUCACACAUGAAUUUGGUAAGGUGCUAAAUAGUUCUAUAGACAAAUAAGGCGAGUGUAAGUGAUAUGAUUGAUAUGACACGUGUCCAUCAAUAUUUGACCGUUACUGUAUUUGUUAAUUUGUAUGUAAUUCCGUCCGUUACCGAUAACUUUUAGCUUUAGCUAGUAUAAAAUAGAUUAAUACUUAAGUUAUUUUUUGAGCGUAUUAAAACUUAAAUGUUUCAGAUGUAUAAUUUAUAAAUGUUUGCAAACGUAAGAAUUGUGUUACAAGUCUUAAGCUUUUACGUGUAAGUGUAUAAUUAGACUGCGAUGCUCUGCCGAAAGGUCUUUACUUGAAAGAACAAACUUUUCAUCGAUGGUAUUUAAGAUGCUUAACAAUUUUAGGAUUGCUUAUUACUUACUCGCACCAUAAUUUCUCUUGCGGCCAAUGUUAGAUACAGUGAACUUUCUAAAAAAUAGUAAAAAAAGCAAUGUAAAAGAACGAGCAUUCAUUGCCCACUGCUAUCUUUCACCGCUCAACUAUCGUAUCUCUACUUACUACGUAGUCUUGGUCUCAACUAUAUGGAUUAUUUUUCCUCAUGUCAGACCAUGAAUGCGAACGAUUCACUUUCGAAUACACAUCUUAAAAAUAAUAAUAACUCAGACAUUACAUUGACAUGGCAAUAUUUAGCUUGAUUAAUGUUAGUUAUUAUUUUCCGUAGCUGACAGUAUCCUUGUAAUUUCUCUAUAAUAACAUGUAUUAAAAUAACAAUGUAUUUUUCUUUACUAACCACAUAAACUAGGUAGUGCAGUGAAGGGUACUCUUAUGGCAAUAUUAAAUUGAUCCCUUUAUUUUACGAGAGGCGUGAUUACUCCCCGAUUGCUAUAAAUUUCCGAUACAAGAGGCGAUUCAAUCGCUUUAUUUUAAAUUGUUCUUCCUUUCUCGUCUAAUAAAUUGGACUUUCUUUGUUUCACUCGUGCACUUAAAACGAAGCCUCGCCUAGUUAUUACUAAGAUACUCCGAACAAUACUCAAUAAUUAAUGAUUUAUAUAAUCCUCAGAAUGAAAGUGAUACUAGAAUUUUAUUUCUAUUUUUACGAUGUUAUCAUUGUUUCUAUUAUAGUCAAACUGUCCAACCUACAGAAUGUCGCGCAGCGUGUUUUCUUAAUUUUAACAUAUUAUUGAUACUUUCUCUGAUUGUAACUAUUUUUCUUAUUAACAUUCUGGUUCGGUCAUUAACUUUGCAUAUUUUAUUUAAUAACGAUAAGUGGUUUAUCAAUUCUAACAAUUUUAACAUUAAUUAUAAACAUUACUAGUUUUCAAUACAACUUUACAAGUAUCAAGUUAUUCUGUAGGUCUUUGGUUUAACAAUAGAAAUGGAUCGUGACAAAGCAGUAUCGUAAAUGUUUAUCGCUGCGAUUUAAACACGUUCCAUAGAUAUACCUAUUUUAAAUUUCCAAAAUAAAUACUUUAAGACUUGUAAUUAUUUAGGGAGCAUGAUAUCUAUUACCUAUAUUAUGUUGAGAUUAUUUUAUAUAAUUCUGCAUAUUGAAUAUAUUAUGUAUCUUGCCAAUGUUGUUUGGUAAAAUGUGUGCUUACUAUAAGAACUUGACAACGAAACACUGCCUUGUGAUCUCUCUGCCUACACGAGAGACUAUUUUUCUUAGAAAAAUUUUUUAUUAUUAGAUACUUUUACCGACAGUGCGAAAUAUAUUGUGGGUAAAAUAUUUACUACGUUAAUAAGUAUUAUUUACUCUUCCUCUGUAAUGUACAAUUUGGAACGAAAUCAUGUUUUCGUAAUGUUUACACCAAUAAUAUUUUAAUACUCGUUUUACAAUUAUGUACUUUUUGGAAGCUUAUAGUUUUUUAGCAGUUUACGUGUAUUUGAACAUGUUUAUAUUAUUAAGUAUUUUUAAAUAAUACUCAAUCGUUGUAAAUAACAACUGUUCAAGUCUAAGGGAAAUUAUUUUGUAAUUUGUGGCGUAAACUCUACCACUUGUAUCUCAUUAGAUCAUAUCUGAAUUAGCGAAUUUAUAGACAUUAUAUUAUAAAUGUUAUAUGUAUAUUAAGCAAAUAAGAUUUUUGAGAGAUUUACCAGUUAGAUGUAAGAAAUAUGGCUCUACCUUAAUUAUAGAAUACAAUUCGCAUAAAUGGUUGUUAAUAUAUUAAACUUGUAAAAUAUUAAAACUAUCUAUUGUUUGUUUUUGGAUCUUAUUCGAGAAAUGGGAUUUAUUUCAUUACAAUCGAUUAAUUACUUAAUAUUGCAUUUGUUCCUGAGUUGAUUUUUAGAUUUUAUUAAAUCUAAUGUAUAAGAUUUUAAUGAUAGCUCGAUGUAUGAUUAAUAAUUUAAUGUAAUUGAUACAUUUUAUAGAGAAGGACGUGGAUGAAUUACUAUUGUAAUUAAUGUCGGCAUAAUGACGAACAGUUGUAAAUACUUUUUAAUUUAAUUUAUUUGGAAAUAUAAUUGCUCAAAUGUAAUCGUGAAAUUUAAAAAUUGUUCACUUCGUCCUUAGAUGCCGUCCCUGUACAAUAAUUUCAUUAUUUAUUUAUAGAUUUAUAUUUAAGACGAUAGAAGGAAAACGAAAAAGAUUUUAAUUUUGAUUUAAUCCGAGCUGUGAUUAUUGUUUAUGUAUGACUGUUUAACGAAUGCUACUUUGUGCUUGAAGUAACAGAAUCGUCACAAAAACGCGCUAUUCUUGUGUCGAUACUGCUACAAUCGUAGUCUUCCAACUGAUAAGGGUUGUAUUCGCACGAACCUUUUGUGGGACCUAUACGUUUCAGCGUUGCACAAAAUAAGAGUAAUCAUUUCCAUUGACCAUAUAUAAUUUAACUUUAACUCAAUAUGAAUAUAAAACACGAGUCACAAUGCCACGAUUUAAUUAGCUAUUCCAUUUUUUACAAUAUUGUUAUUAUUAUAAUUUGUAUAGACCGCGAAGGUUCGUUGUAUGCGAAUAUAAUGAGUGAACACGGUUUGCCUGGUUCAAACAACAGUAUGAAGUAUCCGUUAUGUGAAUGCAGUUUGUAGCUACCAUAAUUUUACAAUAUUUUCAGUUUUAUAUGGAAUUUCUACAUUUUUUACUUUCCUACUUAAGUUUGCUAAUAAAAUGUUUUAUAAUA